GCUGGCUGCUCCUCUGCCCCGGGCGGGGGGCGGCCCUGGGGGGUCCUCGGGCUGCGGGACCGGGGGUGCUCGGCUUCCCCGCUCGCCGGCCGGGGAAAGUUGCUGGCGGCGCCCCGGGGCUGUGCGGGCGGUGGGUGCCCCCCCCCGCGGCCGCCCCUCCCGUGGGCAGCGGCCGCAGCUGGCAGCCCCCUCCGGCGCGCCGCUGCAGGCGGGGGGUCGCGCUGGGGGGGUGCUUUUGGACUUUGCCGGGGGCGGGCAACUUUGGAGCACGUUGGGGCAUUUGGGGGGUGGUUUGAAGCCCCCGAAAUGGGCUUUUGUCCCUGGUCCCGGAGCGGGAAGAGCGGGAGCUGCGGCGGCAGCAGGAGCCGAGCCCCUUCCCUGGGCAGGAGCAGCGGUGGGAUGCAGAGAGCAUCCUGGCCCCGAGGAUGCGCUGCGGGGGGGCUCCGGGUCCUCUGCUCCCCGUUAGGGCUGCGAGAGGGCAUCGCUGCCCCGCUCAGGGCUGGCUCAAGGGCCUUGGCAAGUGCCUUCUCUGCUCCUUUCCCAACACAGACAAAAGUGUUGCAAAAGGCAUGAAAAGCCAUUUGGAGUCAUGGCCCAAAACCUCCUGGAGGCAAACCCAGCCGCCUCGGUAAAUAGGCUGAGGCUGCCUCACACCGCUGCUCCCAGGACAGGUUGUCUCAGAGCAGGGACCUGAUUAUCUUUUUUGCUGGUGUCUUUCCGUUAAUUCUGGUUUCAGAUAUAAACUGGGGCGGCAAUUUGUCUCUGAGCAAUUAACACUUCUUCGUUUCGCCGCUGUAAAGCUCGGAGCGAGGUGGCUGCCCUGGACGUGGCUCUGCUUUGGGCUUGGUCCAUGCUACACCACUCCUGGGAUCUAAAAAGUGUGUGCGGAUCGGUCUGAUCCCCGCUUCCCGGGAGGCUGCAAUAAUAAUAAUAAUAAAAAAAAGAUAAUACAGGGCUUCAAAACACGGACAGUUGGCUCCAGGGAUGCAAAGAUGAUAACAGAUGAACCAUUUGCUUUAAUUACUGGUAUCAAAAGCCCAGGCUGCAGCUUAGCCUGAAAAUAAAUAUUGUUAAUGUUGUGAUACUGGGCUUUAUUUGAUGAUGCAUCAUUCAUCUGGUAGGGUUUUAGCGAGCUGCUUGCUUUUGCUGUAGGGACUGACUCAGGGGAUCUGUGUUCAGCUCUUCCAUGGGGAUCAGCCUGGGGUACGUGGAGCCGUGGGUCUGAGCCCCACAUGCUAAGUUGGGGGUUGCUCUGGCAUCCCCCAGGAAAGUAGCGUUGGGUGGGCGAUGCUUGUCCGCAGCAGCCCUGCCACUGGGCGAGCGCCAGCCGCCCCCGGCAGAGCUGUGCUGUAUCCAGGCGAUGCAGUGGGGGCUGUUUGGCAUCACCUGUGUGUGUGGCCUGUGGGAUGGGCUUCCAGCUAAGACCUCCUGCAUCGGCCCCACCAGUCCUGUUAGGAGCAACCCAUCUGGGUGCAAAUCCUUGCUUGGCACUGUCUCCAGCUUGCUGAUUUGCUUUCUCCUCCUUUGCAGUCUUCCUUUUGCACUGCCCUGGCUCCUGAGGAGAGACAAAAAGCAUGCUGAAUGGGGGCAAAAGCACAUAUUUUUUGUGUGGAGCACCCUUUGUGGUGAGGGUAGAACCCAGAAGCCCAUUACGGGACUCCGCUGCACCUCCAUGGGUGGGUGGGUGCCGAUAUUAAGUGUUCCCUGAUUUUGGAAGGGGCAAGGGAAGAAAAACUGCUGAGAAAGGGUGAGGGGACUUGCAGCUCCAGAGUCUCUUUUUGUGCUUAAGUUUUGAGGGACUUUUCUUUGGGACCUGAGAACGAGAUGGUCCCCUGUGUCUGCUGCAGGUACCCGGGGCUGUGCCGGCAGCAGUGAACCUCUGUGCCACUGGUGGCCCCCGGCCCGGUGCCCUCCUCCUGCCUGCAGACAGGUGACGAUGUCACUGCAGUCAUUGCCAGUUACUGAUAACUGGUGAUAAAUCGUUCCAGGUGGUCCCAGAGCACUCAAGGGCUGUGCUCUGCUCCCCAAGGCAGUGCCCCCAAGGCCAGCCUGAUUAAUUUCCCCAUCCUCAUUAAGCCGGAGACUGGGGAGUGGCUGGGGCUAAUGACCUGAUGGUUUAUAACAUUCACAUGCCAGAAGAUGCCCUGCCUCCAUCCCUGUCUGUACCUGCAUGGGUCUGAGCAGCAUCGCUCUCCUCCAGCACCCGGAGGUGGGUAUAGGCUCUCCUGUUUUGGUCCAGUGCCUCAGUGGUGGGGGGCAGGUCUGGCUGUGUGGGACCAGAUGCUUAGUGGGGGUGUAUGAGGAGAGGAAGGAGCUGCACGUAGCGACUGGGGAAGCUGGGAGCCCAGCAUCUCUCUGGGUGGUGCAGAUGCUGAGCUGGGUGGCUGCAUGCUCCUCUCUGCUGGUGCCUGGGCUCUCUGUGGCUGUUGGGGAGGGUCAGGCUGUGGUGCUGAGGGGGACCCCCUCCGCAUAGAUCUGUUGUAGGGUGCCUUGCUCUCUGUGGCUCCUCUGACCCUGGCUGAGCAUCCCUGCUACCCCUAAGGAGGGCAGGUUGGCAGCCCUGAGCAUCCUCCACCCAGGGUUGUGUUCUGGGGAUGGGGCACGUGCCCACCCCCAGCUAUCGCUCCUGCAGUGCGAUGCUGUGGUCCUUGACCGCUGCUGGGGCAUCUUGUGGGGACUGUCGCUGCCUUUGGGAAACCACCCCCAGCACUGAGCAGGACCUGCUGCCUCCGAGCACGCUGUGUGUCAGCCAGUUGGCAGGUACUUCCCAGCCUUUUCACAUCGCUAAACUUCCUUCAGCUGUUGCCGCUGUUGUGGGGUAGUUGUGGGGGGUCCCUGCGCUAGCAUCCCUGGUGGGGCUGGGUCAUCCUGGUGGCUCUGGCCAUGAAUCCCGGAUCGGUGUGCUGGAGCGGUGCAGCAAUCUGUUGCUAAGCAGCCUUCGGAGCAGCUCUGCAGCGGCGAGAGGAGCGAUGGCAUUGCCAGCAUUGCCAUCGCUGCAUUUCAUAGCAUCGAGUAGGCUUGGGGUGCGCUUGGACAUUGCCUGGCCGGAGACCCCCAGCUCCAGCAGCCACGGCCUGACUGAAAGCACUGGGUUACCUCCAUCAGCAUCACUGUGAUCUGGCAGCGGAGCAGUGAUUGACAUCCCCUGUGUGCCGAGUCAGCGCCUGUCGGCGGAGCAUCAGCGUGCCCGCACUCGUGUGUCCCCGCGUCCCCUCAGCAGCCAGCAAUGACCGACGCAGUGGUGGGUGGCAGCUCUGACCGGUGGAUGUGCCCCAGUGACAGGACCAUGUCCCUCCGGACCAGCAGCGAGAAGGAGCAGCUCCCCGCCGGCUGGGCAGCACGGGGCGGCCAGCCCGAGCGGCAGCGCAAGAGCGAGGAGCUGACGGAUGAGGAGAAGGAGAUCAUCAACCGAGUCAUUGCCCGGGCCGAGAAGAUGGAGGAGAUGGAGCAGGAGCGCAUCGGGCGACUCAUGACCCGGCUGGAGGACAUGCGCCGGAGCGUGCUGGGGGAUGGGGUGAACCGCUGCAUCCUCUGCGGGGAGCAGCUGGGGCCACGGGGAUCUGCCUGCGUCGUCUGCGAGGACUGCAAGAAGAACGUCUGCACCAAGUGUGGGGUGGAGACCACCAACAGCCGGCCCCAUGCCAUCUGGCUCUGCAAGAUCUGCAGCGAGCAGCGGGAGGUGUGGAAGCGCUCCGGUGCCUGGUUCUUCAAGGGUUUGCCCAAGCAAGUGCUGCCCCAGCCGAUGCCUGUCAGCAAGAACAAGGGCCCCCAAGCCCCGAGUGAGCCCAGCCCAUCGGAGCUGCCCGCCCAGGACGUGAAACUCCCCUCCCGCACGCCCACCCGAGGCCAGGCGGACGCCAGGCCCCCAGCUGAGCAGGACGCCGAUGGCAGUGACACGACGGCGGCUGCCCGGGGGAGCUACGUGGUGCCUGGCCGCAAGCCGGCCGAGGGCAGGCCGGGCCCGUGCGGCAGCGAGCAUGCUGGCGGGGACACCGAUGGCCGCGACUAUGCUGCUGAGAGUGGGGUCAGCAGGAGCCCUGGCGUGAAGAGGACCAACUCCCUGCAAGCCCCACGGCCACCCCCACCAGCCGCUGCCAGCCCCGCUCCUGGUCCUGGUCCAGCAGCACCCCCAGCACCACCGGCAGCAGCAAGACCGGGUCCUGGGGCAGCCAGCCGGUUCCCGGAGAGACAAGCGAGCCCGCCACUGGGACCCCCGGAGCUGGCCCGUGCCGCUGCCAGGGAGGAGCGAGGAGGGGGCUACACUGUGCCCUCUGCCAGAGAGGAGAGGCCAGCCCGGCAGCCCCCCACCAUCCCGCCGGCAUCCACUGCCCCGCCGCGGCAGCCACCCCAGGAGGAAGAGGAGGAGGAUGCCAACAGCUAUGACUCUGAUGAAGGCACCACGCUGGGAGCACUGGAGUUCAGCCUGCUCUACGACCAGGAGAACAGCUCCCUGCACUGCACCCUCAUCAAGGCCAAAGGCUUAAAACCAAUGGACUCAAAUGGCCUGGCAGAUCCCUAUGUCAAACUGCACCUCUUGCCUGGAGCCAGCAAGUCAAAUAAGCUGAGGACGAAGACGCUGCGCAACACCCGUAACCCUGUGUGGAACGAGACCCUGGUGUACCACGGCAUCACAGAUGAGGACAUGCAAAGGAAAACCCUCAGGAUCUCCGUAUGUGAUGAAGACAAAUUUGGCCACAAUGAGUUUAUUGGAGAAACUAGGGUUUCCUUGAAAAAACUCAAAGCCAAUCAGAAAAAGAACUUCAACAUCUGCUUGGAGAGAGUAAUACCAAUGAAGCGUGCUGGAACAACUGGCUCAUCCCGUGGGAUGGCAUUGUACGAAGAGGAGGUAGACCGUGGUGGGGAUGUGGAGGAGCGUGGGAAGAUCCUUGUGUCCCUCAUGUACAGCACCCAGCAGGGCGGCUUGAUCGUCGGCAUCGUACGCUGCGUGCAUUUAGCAGCUAUGGAUGCCAACGGAUACUCAGACCCUUUCGUUAAACUUUGGCUGAAACCUGACAUGGGAAAAAAGGCCAAGCACAAGACACAGAUUAAGAAGAAAACAUUGAAUCCUGAGUUUAAUGAGGAGUUCUUCUAUGAUAUAAAACACAGCGACCUGGCCAAGAAGUCACUGGACAUUUCUGUCUGGGAUUACGACAUCGGAAAAUCGAAUGAUUACAUCGGCGGCUGUCAGCUCGGCAUUACGGCUAAGGGGGAGCGCUUGAAACACUGGUACGAAUGCUUGAAGAACAAGGACAAGAAGAUUGAACGCUGGCACACCCUCCAAAACGAGAACCACGUUGCCAGUGAUUAAAAGGAGCCACUGCCCAAACCUCCCCAAAUGGCCCAUCCUCUGCCAAGCCCCUGUAGAUCUCUGAUGUCCGUCUUCCAGCGCAGUCAUGCCUUGCUACAUGCCUCUGGUCCCAGGGCAGCAGCACACUUCUGCCUCCUCCGAGCAUCCUCUGUGCCCUGUCCUCACCUCCACCUGAAAACUAACCCAUAUCUUUUAUAUUAUCUUCCUUUGGGGUUUUGGUUGGUUUGGUUUGGUUUUUUGGGGGGGUUGUCAUUGAAUUAUCCUGAUGUGUAAUUUUGUCAAGCAAUAUUUACCCUCUGACUGUUCCUCUUUCUCACUAGUCUCACGCACACAGUGAUAGCGUUCCCGUUGUGUGUGUGUAUGUGUGAUGCUCUGUGUUCCUCCAGCCUCCGCUCGUGUGGCUCGUCCCAUCACCACUGGCUUGUGGCUCCUUUAUCUCCCAGCGGGAUGUGUGGCCACCGGCCCGGCCAUGCUCUCGUCCAGCCUAGAGGGGGUUCAGUGCUGGUGUCGGAGCAUCAGCCCGUUCUGCUUGUGUGAUAUCGAUACCUCAGUUGCAAUAAUGAAAAAGCUGUUUGGUGUGGGUCGUAACUAUAGCCUGGUAUCUGUGUUGUUGUGAUUAGGCUAAAGCCUGUGUCACUGAUGUAAUCCUGUGAGUCCUGCUUGAGCUUUUGUUCUGAUUUGGUACACUUGAGCAAUAUUGUGGUCCAUCCUUUGCUGAGAAGAUCCACCACUAACACAGUAACGAGAAGGUGAAAUAGGGAGCCGCUCUGCGCUCACAGGGAACCAGAGAUUGGGGUUGGUUUGUGUUCAUUUCCAGCCACCAUGUGCGGUUCCUUUUGCCCCAGGAACUCGCACGCUCUGUUGCUGUAGGAGCCCACCCACGUUUCGAGCUCAUGACUACCUCCUCCUCACCUCCCAGCUGCGUAGUAGUGACUAGCCGAACCCCAAGGGCAGCCCCUGGGCCCUCCUCGGACUACCCUGCUGCCAACCCUUUGCCGUACCACAUGCAGGAGGGAAGCCAAGGGAGAAAAUACUUCCCACCAACUAGCUGAUGUGUGCAAGGAUUAUUGCUUUAAAAUACCACAAAUACUGAACUUAGCUGGAACAGUUAGAGGUCUUCCAAACUUUGGGCGGGUUUUUUUGUUUGUUUGUUUGGGGAGGGGGUUUGGGGGUUUGUUUUUGUUGCAAGUCUGCACAAGAACCAUUGUCUUCAACCUGCGCUUUAAGGAUCAUAAUGAUCAUCUGAAGGUGUUUUUGUUCUCGAUAGCAGGAGAGCGUCAAAUGCUCUCAGACUGACGCUGAUCAGGUUUGGUACCAUUCGCUGUCUCUGGACAACUUCAAGCAUUGCGAUGUUGAUAGUAGCACAAUAAGCACUACUGGAAUAUAUUGUUGGCCAGCUACACGCUGCGCAUGUUGUAUGAAACCUGAACCUCAGCCCCCUUGGUUCACGCUGUUGUCCCAUGACUUCCCUUGCAACCGCUCCUGUCAUCUGCUGGCAUGCUGUCGUGUGGCGUGUUCUCAAUUCAGCUGUGCCGCAGAGCUGUUUCUUUUGAAUUGGAUGAGUUAUUUUCCUAUUCUUGAUAUUAUUUUUUUUAAUAUUUCUUUCCCCCCCGUCCCCCAGCAGAGCUUGCUCUGAGCGCUGACUUGCAACGAGCAUCUCUGCAGGGCUGUGGUUCCUGCAGCUGUGUGCUGAGCGAUGCUAAGGUCCCUGUGUGAUGCCAACCUCUCUGCCUGCCCAGCGAUGCUCCUGCUGCAGAGCAGCCCUUGCCCAGCCCAGCUCAGGGUUGCACAUCCAAGAAAAUCUGUUUUUCCCCACCCUAGCCCAGCCUGGAUGCUGCCAGCUCAUCGCACCCUGCUCUCCACCAGGAGACAUCCUUGGACCAUGGAUGGGAAAAGCAAACCUAAACCAGCCUGUGCAUCCUCUGCUCUACUCAACCAGAGCUGGAACAGCUCUUUUAUCAUCCCAGGCUCCAUCCUGUGGCACGGCCACCGAGAUGGGAGCUGCUCGGGGCAUGAUGCACAGAAGAGUGUAAUAGCAGAGGGCAUUCUGGGAAAUUUUCCCCGUUCUUUUGUGCAGUUCUUGACUCUGCACCAGUAAGUGUGCAACAUUCCAGAGACCCUGAGCCACACUGCCCUCGGUGCAGGCUGUGCAGAGAACCCAGACUGAAACAACCUGCUGCUUUCGGAUUGUUUCCCUCUGCAUCCCACACAGCCACGCCUGAGAACUCCCUGCUCUGGGCAGAGGUGGUUCGGCUGUAGGAUGCUGCUAUGAUCCCUUCCAGAGUGAUGGACCUGGCCAAAACCUUUGCACCUUGCCUAUAUCUCUUGGAGCAGCAGCUGGGCAUGGUGUGUUGCCAAGCUGUGCUGGGGAAAUGUGUGGCUGGGGAUGAAAUUACCUUAAAGAAAAAAAAAAAUUCUGAGAAAUCCCUUAAUUUAUUCCAGACCUGCAGCAGCCCAGCCUCCUCUGUGUUUGCAGACUAAUUAAAUUAAUGUUGCCUUUACCCAUGUCCGGUAUUGACCUUCUCUGCUCAGCCUGCUUUCCUUUCAGACAACUGAUACUCAAAUCAUCUUUUUGCACCCAUAAAAUAAAGUGCAACUUGCCAAUUUCCCUCCUGGUAUUGUGCAAACCGCAGUCCUUGUCUCUGCCACCCUCUUCUCAGUUUUUCUGAUGGUAAUUUUUGCCCUGAAUGACUUCUUUUUGUUGUAAAUAAAGCAUGCACUAUGGAUUGGGAAUGGUGAAAAAAAAAAAAAAGAAAAAAAGCCUCUUCUACUGCUGUUUGCAUUCAAA